AUGCGUGAAUACAAGCUUGUUGUUCUCGGGUCUGGCGGUGUUGGCAAAUCUGCAUUGACUGUUCAAUUCGUCCAAUCGAUUUUUGUCGAAAAGUAUGAUCCUACUAUUGAAGAUUCAUACCGAAAGCAGGUUGAGAUUGAUGGUCAACAAUGCAUGCUCGAGAUUUUAGACACUGCUGGAACAGAGCAAUUUACUGCAAUGCGUGAUCUAUAUAUGAAAAACGGACAAGGAUUUGUCCUGGCGUAUAGUAUCACCUCACAAGCAACCUUUAAUGACCUGGUUGAGCUGAGAGAGCAAAUCUUGCGCGUCAAGGACAGUGACAAGGUGCCCAUGGUACUCGUAGGAAACAAGUGUGAUUUAGAGGAUGAUCGUGUGGUCUCCAAAACAGAGGGACAAUCAUUGGCGACACAAUGGGGCACAUGCACAUUUCUGGAAACCAGUGCAAGAAAGAAGAUCAAUGUGGAUGAAGUCUUUUUUGACCUUGUACGCCAAAUCAACAAAAGUAUGCCCGAAAAGGAAAAGAAAAAGGACAAGAAAAAGGGUUGCAUGAUUCUGUAA